AUGGAGAAGGAGUUGGAGCAGUCGCGCGAUGCAACUAAGGCCGCAAGUGUGAUCGCCGCGAGGGCGGCGGAGCUGGAGACAGAGUUGGCGAGGCUCCAACAUGACUCCAUAUCGGAUUUGAGAGCCGCUGAGGAGACGAUGGCUGAGGCUGUCGAGCUCAUGAAGCUGCUACCGGAGAUGGAAUCCAAAGUGAAAUUGAUGGAGCGAGAAGUUAAAUUCCUUAAGAAGGAUAAAUCUAAGAGUGAAGAGAAAAUUAGGAAUUCGGAGAAGAAAAUUGGGGCUCUGGAGAAAAAAGAUAUUGAUGAGAGAAACAAGUGGACUAGUGUUGAGGAGGAGUUGAGGGAGAAGAUUCAAGAGAAGGAAAAUGAGGUUUUGGAAUUAGGGCAGAAGACUAAGGAAGUGGAGAGCUUUGCAAAUUCAAAGAGCUCAGAUAUGGAGGAGUGGGUUAAGGAGAAACUGAGCUUACAGGAGGCACUGAAGAAGUCUGAGGAGAGAGAAAAGAGCUUGGAAUUAUUUGUUGCUCGGUUGAAGGAAGAAGCAGGGGUGGCUGAGAAUAUGAUCAUAGGACUGAACCAGAAGGUUGAUACUGUGAAUGGUGGAGUGAAUGGAAAUAGGGUUAUUGCUAGGGAUGAAAAACGGGUGAAGGGUUUGAAUGUUCAGUGGCCUGUGGUGGCAGCUGGUUCUACUGUUGUUGCAGCUGCUGCUGUGAUCUGGUUCUACUUUUGGUUGAUCCAUGAAAAUAAUGAGUAUAAUGGUUUUUUAUAUGGUUUAACGUUUAUCAAGCCUGUGAAUUUUGAUUUCUUGUUGAAAAGUUGGAAUACUUGUUGGUUGUUAGCACUUUCUUCUGAGGAAUUAAAACAGAAUUUUGUGUGUUGA